GUCAACACUUCCUGUUUAGGGUUUUCGCCUUUAACAAAGAUGGUGCUUAUGGGGCAGGUUCCCUAACAGUCAGGAUUCCGGUUGCAGUUUUUCUCCCCCGCCCCAAAGAUACGUGGUUGCAGACGGAGAAAUGGAGGCCAGAGACAAGCAAGUACUCCGCUCACUUCGCCUGGAGCUGGGUGCAGAGGUAUUGGUGGAGGGACUGGUUCUUCAGUACCUCUACCAGGAAGGAAUCUUGACGGAAAACCAUGUUCAAGAAAUCAACGCUCAAACCACAGGCCUCCGGAAAACAAUGCUCCUGCUGGAUAUCCUACCUUCCAGGGGCCCUAAAGCAUUCGAUACAUUCCUAGAUUCCCUACAGGAGUUUCCCUGGGUCAGGGAGAAGCUGAAGAAGGCAAGGAAAGAGGCCAUGACCGACCUGCCUGCAGAUGAGAAAACCGAGGCACAGGAAGAUUUAAUGACAAACCUGAAGUUACACAGUCGGCAAGAGACAGCUGUACUAGAAGAAUCAAGGAUUAUAAUAAAUUUGAAAAACCAGAAGAGUUCUUCAGGUGACAGAUUGACUGGAAUCCCCUCGCACAUCCUCAACAGCUCCCCAUCAGACCGGCAGAUUAACUGGCUGGCCCAGAGGCUGGGCCCUGAGUGGGAGCCCGUGGUGCUGUCUCUGGGACUGUCCCAGACAGAUAUCUACCGCUGUAAGGCCAACCACCCCCACAACGUGCAGUCGCAGGUGGUGGAGGCCUUGGUCCGUUGGCGGCAGCGCUUCGGGAAGCAGGCCACCUUCCAGAGCCUGCACAAUGGGCUGCGGGCCGUGGAGGUGGACCCCUCGCUGCUCCUGCACAUGUUGGAGUGACGGUGCCUCCACCAACCGCUGGGGAGUGAGUCCCUGAGUCAUGUGGCUGAAUCCUGACUUUCACUCAGAGCAGGUGGUGUUUUGUGUAGGUUUGUUUUUUAUUUUUAAUGAUCCUCAGAUGGAAGGAGAAAACAGGGUUUCCACUAGAUGUUAUUUGAAAGGCCAGAUUACUCAGCAGAUCUCUCACGGUGGCUCAACAAUUCUUUGUUUUUAAUUGCUUGAAGAUUGCAUUGUUGUAAUUGUUCAGUUUUUAAAUGUGUAAUGGCAUUUUAAUAGACUAUUAAAUCACAGUGGUUCAAAAAUAUAUAUAUAUAUAUCAUGUCAUCACAUUACAAGCAGGUAUCUCAUAUGUAAAACAUUUACCUGAAUGUUGUCUGAGGACUGAACUGUGGACUUUACUAUUCAUAAUGAUAAAAUAAUAAAAUGUGAAUUACUACAUAUCAUGUGCCUCAUUCAUGAGAAA